AGAAGUAAAGAAAAAAACUAAACAAAAGGUCGUGAAUGUCUCUGUCCCUCCCUCAGGUCUCACAGUCUCACGCAAGCUCCACGAAAGCUCCACGAGAAAGGAUCGGAAUCCACCAUAAUCUCGCCACCGGUGAAUCGCCGCCGUAGUUUAAAGACGGAAAAGCGAUAGCGGUUUAGGAAAGGAAGAGUUUGUUAUUUAUGUGUAGAAGCAGUUAUUGUGAAUAGGUUUAAGAAUUUUAUGAACGAUGUCUCUGAGGAUAAAAUUAGUGGUGGAUAAAUUUGUGGAGGAGCUUAAGCAAGCUCUUGACGCUGAUAUACAAGAUCGAAUCAUGAAAGAGAGAGAGAUGCAGAGUUAUAUCGAAGAGCGCGAGCGCGAAGUUGCUGAGCGAGAAGCCGCCUGGAAAGCUGAGCUUUCUCGCCGUGAGACGGAGAUUGCUAGACAGGAAGCGAGGUUGAAGAUGGAGAGAGAGAAUCUGGAGAAGGAGAAGAGCGUACUAAUGGGGACAGCGUCGAACCAGGAUAAUCAAGACGGAGCUCUUGAAAUUACUGUGAGCGGUGAGAAAUAUCGGUGCCUUAGAUUCUCUAAGGCCAAGAAAUGAGGGUUUACGAAAUAGGUACCAAACAUAGGACACAAAUGGCCAUUGGCAAUUCGAUAAGGAGAAGAUUUGUUCUUAGUUUAUGGUGGAUGAAAUGGGAAGUGGAAUUGUUGGAAUUAUGCUUUGAUUGUGUAACUGAAUUCAAUGGAAAAAAGAUGUGUUUUUAUGCAAAUCGAGUUCUCUUA